GCCCUAAAUCAACCAAUCAUGGCUUUCUUCGUAUUCAUCAUAUCUCUUUCUUUCUCUAUCCCCCGAGGAUAUGGAUAAAAGCAUUGUUAUUUUCAGACUGCUUCUAUGUUGGUGAAAGAUUUUCAUUCCAGUUGCUCAUGAAUUCAGCUACGCAGGUUCUUGCUCGUAGAUCAUUUGGUGGAUAAAGAGUUGAAAUGGCUUUAAUAGCCCUUCAACCACAGGGCUCAUGUGUGACAUUUUCUUCGAGGCAUGCGCCAUGGAGCAAAAGUCUAAAGUUGAAGCAGGGUUCAACAAAACACCACAGAAUUGGAAGAACUGAUUGGAAUUACCUACCUAAGCGAAGUAUUUUAAGUGUAGGGCCUUCUUACAUUUUUGGAGCCAAGAUUCAAUCUUUCAGAAUUUCAGCCUUCAAAGACAGUUCCCAACAUUAUCAAAAGGGAGGUAGACCUAACGGAUUGAAAGUUCCUAAGGCUUAUGUUAGACUGGAGGAGGGUGGGGAGACCAAAUCAGAAUCUCCAAAGGCCCAAAAUGUUCCACUUUCUUAUGGUUCUGAAGCAAAUGACGACCUCGCAAAUGAGAAUAUUCCAACAUCAACUGCUAUUCAUAAACUUUUCAAGAAAUGGCUGACAAUAUUGCGCACACAGCCAGCAAGUGAAGAAGUGAAAGAAAUUUUGGGAGAACCAUCCCAAGGGGCUUUACCAGAAACUCUUGAUGGCUCACAAAGUAUUGAAAGAGGUAAGAUUUUGAAGGUAGCAUGGACCCAUUUUCUGGCCCUGGACGAGACGGUAAAGAUUCCUUUACUGAUAUUUGUUCCUUUUUAUCUGGCUGUUAACGUCAGAUACGGAGCUAAAGUUUCAAAGGAAUUAACUCCUUUGUGGGUUGUGGGGCCAUUAAUUGUGGCUCUUUACGUUGUAAUAAUCCGGAAGCUAUGGUCCCUCUAUGUCUUCAGCUUCAAGCAAACUGUCAAAGUAAUUAAGAAUUUUCCCUCUUACUGCAUUUUGGCCUACAGCUACGUUUUUGGUGGCAAGAUCAAAGAAGAUUUCCAAACUCUUAUCUUGCAGCCUAUAUUGGGCAUAAAAGGUAUUGAUUACAAAGAACAAUCAAGAAGAAAAUUGAAAGAACUGAAAGAAUGGAUAGUGGAGAAAUACCUCGAUUUCGUGGAAUCAAUAUGGCCCUAUUAUUGUAGGACGAUUAGGUUUCUUAAAAGGGCUAAUCUCAUUUAGAUUUGAAAUUAUUCUGAGGAUAGUCUUGCAAUCUUCUGAGUUUGCGUUGAGAAUUUUCAAAGGGGGCUGGCCAAUCCCAUUUUGUGCUGGGAUCUUGGUAUUUUGAUUUUUGAGCGAGAAAAUGGUCGCGACAAUGUAUUCUAUUCGGAGACGAGGUUGUAUCCAGUUAUUGAAUUACUACUGCUUAUAUUUUCGAGGUUGUAAGCGAGCUUCA